UGUUUCCAGAACGGGCACUCUUUUAUUGACUGACUCUACAAUUGCAACCUCGCGAGAGACAACAGUAUGGUUCAAUAUUACUCAGUUGGUUUCUGACUGGAUUCGAGGGCUGUCUGAACCUAAAAUCUUCAUCGGAAUAGAAAGUGGCAUCGAUGCUCCCUUACCAAAAGGUGAAGCAGAAUGCUUUGUUAUAGCAUCAUUCAUGGAUGAGAAAACCCAUAUUCCGCCUCCAAGAACAAGAAAACGAAGAGCUGCAAACCCUGCUCCAUCACAAUCGACUUCUGUGGAUCGUAAAUCAGUCAGGACGAAUCCUUUUAUGGGAGCUCGCGAAGAUGUCGAAGGAUGUCACGUACAAAACCUUUAUCUCAAUUUUGCUGAUAUAGGAUGGAGAGAGUGGGUUAUCGCUCCAGAAGGCUAUUCAACUAACUUCUGUGCUGGCGCCUGUUCUAGUGACUCUCCUAUGCAUAGCAAGAUGAAUGCAACGAAUCACGCUAUCGUCCAAACAUUGAUUUGGUCUGAACGACAUUCGCUCAAAAUUCACGGGAGAAAGGAUUCAGCAUCUGCUUUCAAAAUUGAAAACAACCUGCAUAUCGGUACUUCUGACGAUUCGAAAUUCGAACCACUUUUAUCGAGUAGAUCUAAGAAGAUAUGUGAAUGCGUGUUAUAA